CAAACCGCCGGCUUCGGAGCUGCGUUUGUGCUCCUGUCAUUAGCACUGCUUCCCAAACCAGGCUCUCUAAUAGUGUUAAUUACAUACAUCGAUACUGCGUCAAAGAAAAUAGUUUUCUUAGAAACUAAAAUGUUAUAAUUUAUCCCAGCAGUUAGCUUAAAAGCCUGUGUACUGAAAUUGGUUUUAUAUUCAACAUUAGCUAUGGCUUUUUUGUUGCUUCUACUCAAGAAAUUAGGCUCAUGUACAUAGACAACUAUAGACAACAGUAAUGUUCCUUUACCAGUUUAUUCAUUCAUUCAUUCAUCUUCAGUAACCUCUUUAUCCUGGUCACUUUCACGGUGUAGCCAGAGCCUAUCCCAGGGACACUAGGUGAAAGGCGGGGGACACACCCUGACUGGGAUAUCUGUACAUCGCAGGGCACCGUGCACACACAUUCACACCUACAGGCAAUUUAGUGUCCACUAAAUUUAGUCAACCUACUGGAAUGUUUUUGGGAGGUGAGAGGAAACCGACAUAGACUUGCACGGAAAACUGCGUAACCUGAGCUCAAGAUCCAACUGAUGACUCUGGAGCUGCGAGGUGCAAAGCUCUCUGUUCCACCAUGCUGCACCUCUUUUAACACUGUACCUCAAAAAGAAGUUAAAACACUCGACAUACACGGUCCUGUUAACCAAGUCAUAGAACUAAGAGAAGUUGUAUUUGUUAUUCAGAGUCAGAAGAACUCCUACCACAUUGAGAGGGCAGAGCAGAGGAGAGCACACCUUUUUGACCAAGUGCAGGGCUCACCAGAGGUUGUGCUCCUCCAUGAAUUGUCAGAAUAUGAUGGAAACUGGGGGAUUCUUCCUGUGCUGCCUCUUUUAGCUGAAGGUUACUGCCGGAGCUUUUUGUGGAUUUUUUUCCUGGAGGAGGAGACCGUUGUCAAUUUAGCCAGACUGCUGCAGGUGCUCAACAGAUUUAACCCUUGGAGAGAGUGGUUUCUGGGAAGGGCUCUUUACGAUGCUGGUGCAACCAUUAUCCAUCAUUAUGCCUUCUCAGAAGAGCCGACUGCGUUCAGCUACCCUGAUUUUGCUGCUGGCUGGGCCCUCAGCUGCUCUCUGGUUAAAAGAUUAGCUGAUUACAUGAAGUAUGAGCCACCCAAAUCAGAUUUCACCAUCGACCUUAAGCAUGAGAUUGCCCUGUAUAUUUGGGAGGAGGGAAGAGGUCCUGCUUUAACCGCUGUUCACGAGUUCUGCUCUGAACUUCAUGGCUCGCCAAACACUGAGCAUUGUGCUACCACUGUCAACUCUUACCUGUCGAGCUGUGGUACCCUAGUGAAGAGGGAGGACCUUUUUGUGGCAGUGAAGACUUGUCAGAAAUUCCACCGAGAGAGAGUGCCUGUAGUAAAAAAGACCUGGGUGAAGGAUGCUGCCUUGCUUGAGUUUUAUAGUGAUAUUGCUGAUCCAGCCAUCCCCACCACUGACCUGGGAGUCCCCAACACAGAGAGUGGGCACUGUGCAAAGACGUUUGCUAUUUUACGGAGGUUUGUCAGUGGAGAAGUGACUCAAGCACCAUGGCUGCUCCUAGUAGAUGAUGACACGUUGAUAAGUCUGCCCAGACUCCGGCGGCACCUGCGCUGUUACGACCCUAAUGAAGCUGUGAGUAUUGGUGAGCGCUAUGGCUAUAACCUCAGCAAGGGUGGCUACAGCUAUAUCACCGGUGGAGGAGGUAUGGUGUUCAGUAGAGUGGCUGUGUUGAAAAUCCUCUCCAGUGGUUGUGGCUGUUACAGUCCGGAUGCUCCAGAUGACAUGGUAUUGGGAAUGUGCCUUAACACACUGGGCUUGUCAGUCACACACAGCCCACAGUUUCACCAGGCUCGUCCAGAUGAUUAUCCUAAAGAACUGCUGCUCCGUCAGAGCCCCAUCUCCUUCCACAAACACUGGAACAUCAACCCUGUGGCUGUGUACCAGCAGUGGCUGAUGGACUCCGAGGAUCUGCAUAAGCAGAUCUUCCGGAGAGAGUACAGACAGGAGCUCUAAACCAUGAGCUUUCUUUCAUGUUAUAAGUGUAUAUAAUUUGGGAUCUAAUUUGGUGAAAGAAAUACUCUAAUACUUUUCAUUUUUGGUUUUAUUGGGUUUUAUUGCAGAAUAUUUUGUUUGUUUACCAUAAAGAAACAAAAGAAACAAAAAGAAUCUAGAAAGCUCUAGAUUUAAUAUUUAUAUUUUACAGUAAUUUGGCAGAUGCUUUUAUUCAAAGUGACUUACUAGUGCAGAGCACAGUACUGCAGAACCAAACAGUAGCACUCUGACAGUUCUGGGAUUUGAACUUACAACCACAAGCUUAAGAAAUUCUUCUUAUACAUUUAGGGGAUUUAUGGAACAAAAAUACUCCAGGAGCAGAAUUGAAAAAACUUUUUCUGUAAUUUUGUAUAUUUUAUUUGAUUUAUUUGUUAAAAAUGAAGUGUUUUUGAUUUAUUGUAAUUGAACCAUGAAGGUUUUCAUGAUUGGCAAUUCUCUACCGAUAUUAUGUACUGUCUUGUUUUACCUGUGCUAAAACCUCACAGUAGUUGAAGUUAAAGGUCAGAAUCUUGACAUUUGUAUGGAAGCCAGAAGCCAGUAUUUGUCUUCCUGUAGUAGACCCCCAGGACUUUAUCAGCUGCCUCCUCAAUAUCCCCAUGCUUAGCGUAUAGCUAGCUGGCUAGUAGGAUUUAAACAGAACCUGCGAAAAAUACUUCCCAAUUGGUUAAUCCUGUUUCUCACCAUAGCAGCUGGUAACCAAUAAAAUGUGAUUGAACACAUUUGAUCCGUUCAUUUGACAUCUGAGGCAGUUAAAUAUUGAAUCGUAAUGACUUUGUUGACUUUUAUGAACUUCAUUAUAGUGGAAAACAGUGUUAUUUGACAUAUAUAAUUAGCUGCUAUGCUAUGUUAACCACCCACGAAUAAGCAUUUGGAACUAUCAUAAAAUAUUUCAUAGGAGGUAUAUAACCCAAAAUAACUGUGCAAAUCUCUGUUCAGAAGAACACUGGAGGGUCAGCUGACCUUAACCUUAUCAGUUAAUUGUUUAUAAACAUUAUUUAAUUAAAGUCUUCUUCUGUCUUUUUAA